UCAUUGUGGAGUUAUAAAAGGACGUGCUGUGACACAAGUUAUGAUCCGUUCGGACAUUUUCUAUUAUUUAACUCUUGACUCAGAACGAUAUUCGUCACAGGAGAGUCAGAUGGCUGAUGAGGAAACACGUGCAAGUUUAUCCUUGAAAUCUGUCAUCAUUUUUGUAGAUUUUUAUUCCUCUUGUGGACUUUCACCCCUCGGGAGGUCAUCAUGUCAGACCCCAGCCCAGCCCGUGUUGUGCUAAUGUUUCUUGGACUGUUUAUCCUUUUAGCUGCAAUCACGCUCAACACUCUUUCAGGCUUUGGCGAUAAAUCAGGUGUCUUCAAGCAGCGCACAGAGGAUGUCACGCUCAAGUACAUGACGCCCAUAACUCCUGCCCAGUGGGCUUUUUUCGUCUGGGAUUUCAUUUAUUUUGGGUUUUUUGCCAUGUUUGUCUACUUCCUGGCUGGACUCUGCAGAAGGAGUUCUUAUGCCUGGAUGUAUACCACGCCUUCAGUGCUGCCCUAUGGUUUUCAUAUCACCAUUAUCAUCAACCUCUGCUUGAACAUUACAUGGUUGUUUCUGUAUGACAGAGAGUUGAUACUAGCAGUGCUUAUAACAUCAGCACUAAUGACUGUCACUGAUUACACCAUUCUGUUUUUCUCCUGUUGUGGACUCAAGAUUUAUGGAGCUUGGUUAAACAAACAUCACAACGUAGAACUCUGGAUUUUCAGAAUAUUGGUGCAGAACGGAGUGGCAGUUUAUGCAACGUGGGGGACUCUCUCCACCCUACUGAACCUGACAAUCUACUUGCAACAUCAGAAAGACACAUCGAGGUGCGACUGUGCCAUGUUGUCGCUGCUGCUGCUACUGAUGGAGCUGUUAGUGUGGUUUCUGUUGGAGAACUUCUAUCUAGAUGAACAAGUGCGUUACAAUGUAACCAUCUACCCCGUGGUUAUCCUCUGGCUGUUGGGGGUCCUGACCAACUCUGGAUCUUCUGAUAACCUUAUGUACAUCUUUGCAGCUUCGAUCCUGAUGAUUUCCUGCAUCUUGUUUGUGUUACGAGUAGCUCUGGUAGCAUGGAGGCAUCACAAACAGCCGCUUUACAAGGACAAUGGUCCCAGUUUGUCGCCAGUGGAAAUUUCGUUGACACAAAGAAGAAUCUUUUUAUAAAAACUGGAUGUAGCAGGAAGGAUUUUUCUACAGGGUCUUUCAUUGUAUUGCUAAGUUAUUUAAGAAAGAAAAAUGUACAAACUUUUAGAAUAAUGAGUUUUCUAGUCAAAUAUUGAAAGUAGAGUUUAUUUAUGAGAAAAAUAUGUAAACAAUUGAAAAUACUAAAAAAUAACAUGAGAGAAAUAAAAUAAUGUAAGCUCUUU